AAUUCGAAAUGGCCCAACGAGUCACUCUCCGCAAGCGCAACCCUUAUAACUCCACCUCCAACCGACGAAGGGUGGUCAAGACCCCUGGAGGCAAGCUUGUUUACCACCACAUCAGGAAGCCCGCCGCUGCACCCAAGUGCGGUGACUGCGGUAUCGCUCUCCCCGGUGUCCCUGCUCUCCGACCCCGCCUGUACGCCAGGAUCUCCAAGCGCCAAAAGACCGUCCAGAGGGCAUACGGUGGCUCGAGAUGCGGUGACUGCGUCAAGUCACGAAUUCUCCGGGCUUUCUUGGUUGAGGAGGCCAAGAUCGUGAAGAAGGUCAUCAAGUCGCAGCAGAAGUCCGCACGCAAGUAAACGUGUGCUCUUUAUUCAUGCUUUCUGUACCACCCAUUCUCCCAUGUAUUCGAUUCAUGCACAAAACGACGACCGAGGAGGUCAAUAUGGCGUAUGCGUUCC